CACCCGGGCACUAUAAAAAGUCUGCUCCUGCUGAAGUUGUUCAGUCUCGUCACCAACUCCACCAGACCCACCAUCAUGAAAUUCGUGGCCCUUGCUCUCGCCCUUCUGCUGGCCGUCUCCUGCCAGGGUGCUUCCCUGCUGCAGGCUGAUGCUCCAUCCCAGCUUGCCCAUGUCCGGGCUGCUAUGGAUGUCUACCUGACCCAGGUCAAGGAGAGCGCCAAGAGAGCUUUGGAUCAGCUCGAUGAUGCCGAGUACAAGGAGCUCAAGGAUCAGGUUUCUCAGCGCCUGGAGGACAUGCACACUCAGAUCAAGGCUCUGCAGACCUCUGUCUCCCCUGUCACCGACAGCGUCGUCAAAACCAUUGCUGAUGCCACCGCUGGUCUCCGUGCUUCUCUUGAGGCUGAUUUCGACACCCUGAAGGCCGAGCUUGAGCCCAAGCGUGCUGCUCUGAGGGAAGUCAUUGAGAGGCACCUGCAGGACUACCAGACCCAGCUGGAGCCCGUCAUGAGCGAGUACUACGCCAAGCACACCGCUGAGAUGGAGGCCCUGAGGGCCAGGAUGGAGCCCAUUGUGGAGGAGCUGCGUGCCAAGGUGGCUACCAACCUCGAGGAGACCAAGGCUGCUGCUCUCCCCAUUGUGGAGGCUGUGCGCACCAAGAUCAGUGAGCGUCUGGAGGAGCUGAAGGGCCUGGCUAAGCCCUACGUGGAUGAAUACAAAGAUCAGAUGAAGCAGGUCUACGACCAGGCAAGGGGCGUCAAAGCCGAAGACCUCACUGCCCUGAGGGAGAAGAUUGCACCUCUGGCCGAGGAAGUUAAGGCCAAGGUUCAGCAGAUGGCUGAGAUCGUCAUGGCUUCCUUCCAGAGCUAAAUCAUCUCUACCCUGUUCCCAUAAUUAACCUCACCUACCUGUCUGCCGUAGACCCAUUCCAUCUUUUGCUCCAUUCCCUCUUUCCUCACAUACACAUCCAAACCACCUCGCAAAACAAAGCCAAUGCCUUACUGAUGCAUUUCUUUGCAACAAAAAGGCGGGACUCUUGCUCUAUCAUUCCCACGCAAACACUUUCCUUUAUGCGCACAUGCUCAAGCACAUGCAAGCAAAGACAUACACAGACACAUACAUACUCAGCACACACAUGCUUCACUCUUUAUGUGCCACAACCAUCUGCUUACAUUUUGUGUAGUAAUUGUACGUGAAUGAUCACAAGUGCCUGUACCUCUGUGUAAUGAUGCUUGUCUGAUGAAAACUGUGCUUUGACGAAAUACAGCUCAAUAAACAUCUGACUGUUUAUACUA